AUGUCCACUCAAUCUCGCAGAUCCACACGGCUCAGCACAUCGGACAACGAUGACGGCCGUGUGUCGUCUAGCUCGUCGUCCAAGAGGAAGUCCGCCUCUUCGUCCUCGACAUCUUCCUCAACUCGUUCUUCGGCUGCAUCUUCUGGCGUCAUCCCAACCGUAGCUGCACGCAAUGCCUCCAACAAGAGAGCGGAUAGGAAGGAGCGCCGUCUCGAGGACCUCCUAGAUGACACGUUCGCCGACGACGAUGCUCGCAGAUUAGACCUGAGCAUGGGUGCUUUCCAGCCUGUCAAGUCAACUUCGACUUCGAUCAAAAGAACGAGACAGGACGCCGAGGCGGCUGCGCGCAAGAUCAAGCAAGCCUCAAGUCGGCGCGACGAACCCCCAAAGACCAAACGAAAGCUUCGUGAAACACUAGCGGACGAGUCCGAUGACGACUUUGUGUUUAGCCGCGAACCAGUUCGAAGAAACGGAGCAGCCGCGCCGUCUUCAUCCUCAUCUUCAUCCUCAGCAUCAGCAUCAGCAGCCACUCGCCCACCACCUUCUCGCAACGGCGCACCUACCUCGUUAUCGGGCCGCACCGUCUUCGAACCAUUGCCAGAUGCAGCAGGAGGCGAGACACCCAUCAUCAGGAGAAACCAGGCUUUCCGUGCGGGCCUCGAAAACAACCCUCGCCGCCCGACGGGUCGAGAAGCCGAACAGCAGGCACGUCGCAGCAGUCUCACUCUCAAGGGGCAACGUCGUGUUCCGUCUCUCCGCGAUGGCACAGUAGCCUAUCCACACGAAGACGUGCCGGAUCACGAGCUCUUCCGACAUUGCAGAGAUACGCUUCCUCCCGUGGUGCGCAUGAAGCAUCUCGUUGGAUGGAUCCUCAAGCGGUCCUUUGACAUUGCUAGCGGUAAGAAGGAGCUGCCUGUCCGACCCCGCGACGCGGCAAAGAAAUCCAAGGGCAAGGCAAAGGAGUCCAACGAGCUCCCCAUCUUUACUGAGGUCGAGCUCAAGCUUGUUCGAUCAAGAGACUCGGAGCUUACCGCUGUGCUUGAGCAGCUUUUGACCGAUUUGAACGACGGCGUCUUUGGCGUCAAUUGGAUGGGACAGGGCGACGAGACGGACAAGAAACUUCUGCAACCGCAUCCACGCAACGAGUCGAAUCGCAAGGCUGCUGCGCAGUUGUCGGCCAUUGUCGAGGCCAUGCGCAGCGAGUCCCAGGCGUGGAGCAAAGAGCUCACGCGGCUCGAAGACUAUGAAGCGGAGACGGCCAGGCUAGAGGCCCUGCUGGAACAGGAUGGCAUCGCAGAGUCCGGUGACGUGAUAGCAUGGGAUCGUGCUGACCUGGACGAAGCUGGUCUGCAGCAGCUGCGCGACGCUGAAGCCGCUGUCGACUGGCUGCAACGACUGCAAGGAGGCGGUUCCACCGAGGCAGCUAAGCCCAAAUCUCGAUCCAAGGGCCGCACAUCAAAAGCAGCCGCUGCACGUCAGGACGACGAGGCCGAUCUCAAGGGCACCGAGCAUGAUCCGCGAUGGAGCGACGUCGAAUUCAACGUGGACCUCCUCCGCUCCCAAUCGCACCAAUUCGCCCAACUCGAGUCGCUCGCCGGUCGAUACAUCCGCACCGUGUCCGCACACGCAGCACAGGCACUCCGCGAUCGCACCUCGUCGAGCAGCGCGCUCGCCGGCGCGGCGUCUUCGAGCGCCAAGGGUGGCCGACGUCGCAAGAGCGGCACGGGCAGCAAGAACGGUCAGGGUGGCGACGGUGGUAACGAGCGCCUCGAGAUGCUGCUCAGUGGCGUUCGCGAGUCGCGGUCUGUCUCGCAGCCGGGUGGUAGCGCGGCUAGGCCGGUGAGCGCGGAGGCAGAUCAGAGUGCGGCCGACGUCAGUGCGAGCAUGGUCGCUGUGGAACCGGAUGAGAGCGACCCGACGGAUCUGUUGAGGGCGCUUGCUCGCAUGCCUGCGAGGCCUGCGUAG